UUCACUUCCUGGAACUUUAAAGAGCAGCUUUUUACAAGAAGAAAACUCGAUUUAUAAUGCCAUGGAGUUGUUUAUUCACUCGAUUGCUCAGCAAAUUACUUGGAUAACAUGUACAAGUUAGAGAAAUAGUGCACACACGAUUAUUUUGUUGGUCUGAUCAUGGCGCCCGCCUUGGUUGACGUCUUCCAGUCGGAGGUGUGGUCAUUAGAACGCCCUCUAUCCUCCGCUGUCAUCGUCGACUGCCUCCUCCCGAAUGGCAUCCUUAUACCAUUGACCGUUCAAAGGGACACCAACCUCAUGGAACUCAAAACGCUACUGUGGGUCGAGGCUGAGAAGUACCCCCUGUAUACAUUCCUGGGUGACAUGGACUGUUACUUGUUCAUGUGCGUCAACUCCGCUGCUCUCAAGGAAGAAUUAGUGGACGAAAGCCGACGCCUCAUCGAUAUCCAGCCAUUCCAUUUGAUGCUCAGGGUGGUGCAGAAAAAAGGCAACCGUGGGGAGAAGCUCGUCAACUCACAGAUCAGUUUUCUCAUCGGAAAAGGUCUUCAGGAAUUCGAAGGGUUAGGAGACCCCGAGGUGAACGACUUCAGAAAAUCUAUGAAGGAGAAAUGUAUGAGAAUUGAAGAGGAGCGCUCACAAAAGGGCUGGCACGAUCAGAUUCUAUACUUUCAUCCACCUUCCAUCAACGAACACACAGUUCACUCACAAAUAAACAAAGACAUCUUAAUCAGCGUUUAUUUACCCAAACUUGGGAUAAAGACGACGAAACGGAUAUCGACGGAGAAAAAACCUACAGAUCUGAUUCAAACUGUGUUAAGAAAACGGACGUUAACCACAGGAAUACCGGAGGAGCCCGCGGAAAAUUACUGCCUAAAAAUUGUCGGAGAGGAAUCGUACCUUGUUGGGGACCAUAAGUUGAUACAUUUCACACAUAUACAGAAGCUGGUCAGUACAGACAAAAUGCCGCAACUGGUGCUUAAGUCAGAGGAGGAGUUACUACAAUCUUUUCCGCCGUUACUCAAUUUGCCAAAAAUCAAAGCGAUUGACUCGUCAGCAAUGGGAUCGCCAUUCUCCAAACAUAAAUAUGACCCGGUGCUAUUAUGGAAGAUCCCGAAUCAUUACUCGGUUUCAAUCAAGUCGAUAUCGAAUGUGAGCUGCCCUGAUGAUACGAAGCUCCAACUGCGAGUGGGUAUAUUUCAUGGCGGUGAGGCAUUGGCCGACAUGGACAACACAAAAGCCGCUAACCUGACAGAUGGUGAAGCGCUAUGGAACACUGCCGCUAACUUCAACCUCGCCCUAGCAGACUUGCCGCGGAUGGCGCGACUGUCUUUUGCGCUUUAUACGACCUACGAUAAGAAGAUGACGAUAAGUGGUGGAAAAACCAUGAAGUUCAAGGAUGGGAAACAAAAAAUUGACAUUUUACCAUUGGCAUGGUUGAACACAACGAUAUUUGACUAUAAGAACAUGUUACGUACGGGACCAGCGGUAUUUAACAUGUGGCAAUUCACAGAAGAUGUAACCAUGGAAGAUAUAGUUAACCCUAUAGGGACGGUGGAGGAUAAUCCCUUAAAAGAAGGAGCACCGAAACUCGAGUUAGUCUUCCAUGACUACGGCAUCAAACAGCCGAUCAGAUAUCCGCCAUUCUCAAAGGUGCUCGAGUGCGCUGCGGAAAACACCAACUUCAAAGACGCCAUCUACGACACUGUCGAGGACGUUGUGUUCAACAAUGCAGACGAACUCGACAUGGAACGUCUAAUACUGAUUCUUGAGACUGACCCUCUCACUCCGAUGUGCGAACAAGAGAAAAAACUGGUGUGGAAAAUGCGCUAUGAAUGCCAGUACCAGUACCCACAAUCCCUGCCUCGGCUUCUCACGUGUGUUCAGUGGAAUAAUCACAAUGAUGUGGCAACGAUGAUGGCAUUACUACAGAUCUGGCCCAAACUGCCCCCAGAACAAGCGCUAGAGUUGUUAGAUUUCUGUUACGCAGACACAUCUGUCAGGGAAUUUGCUGUCGUAUGUCUGAAAGAGUUAAGUGACUCCGACCUUCUCCACUACCUUCUUCAACUCGUCCAAGCCAUCAAAUACGAGUCAUACCUCGAAUGCGAACUCGUUGAAUUCCUGCUGACACGCGCACUGAAUAAUCGUACCAUCGGACACCACCUGUUCUGGCUGUUGAGGUCGGAAAUGCACGUGCCAUCGGUCGCUGUUCGAUUUGGUCUCAUUCUUGAGGCGUACUGCCGAGGAUCGACACAGCAUCUUAAGGAUCUCACUAAGCAGUGCGAAGCCCUGAGAAAACUUCAGUCUGUCAACCUACACAUUAAGAACAAUGCAUCGAAAGGGAAAGAGAAGAAUUUGGAAGGCAUGCGGGCGUGUCUCCAACAGGAUGCAUACAGCGAUGCCCUCUGUGGGCUACAGUCGCCACUAGAUCCGUGUAAUCGACUUAGACAGCUGAGACAUGACAAAUGCAAGUUCAUGGAUUCCAAGAUGAAGCCCCUCUGGCUGGUGUGGGAAAACCAGGAUAGUAUGGGCAGUGAUGUCUACACGCUCUUCAAAAAUGGUGAUGAUCUUCGGCAAGAUAUGCUGACGUUACAAAUCUUACGCAUAAUGGACAAACUGUGGCAAGCUGAGGGCCUUGAUCUUCGGCUCAUACCGUACAAAUGCAUAUCCACUGGACCAGAAAGCGGUCUCAUCGAGAUAGUACUAAAUUCGCAGACAAUUGCCAACAUCCAAAAGAAGAAUGCCAAUUCAGCGAUUCUCUCGGUUUACGACAAAACUGCCUUGUUCAAAUGGUUUAAGGAUCAUAAUGAGAGUGACGAAAGACUGAAUCGAGCGGUGGAGGCCUUCACCCUCUCCUGUGCCGGUUACUGUGUGGCGACUUACGUCCUCGGUAUCGGAGACAGGCACAACGACAACAUCAUGGUCACCGAAUCAGGCCAGCUCUUCCACAUCGACUUUGGCCAUUUCCUCGGCAACUUCAAGAGCAAGUUUGGCGUGAGACGAGAGCGUGUGCCGUUCGUCCUGACGCACGAUUUUGUUUAUGUCAUCACGAAAGGGAAACAGAAAGUUGGAGAACAGAAGAAUGAAUUAUUUCAAAGGUUCCAACAGUAUUGUGAACAGGCAUACCUCAUCCUCCGCCAGAAGGGUAACUUCCUCAUCAGCUUGUUCAUGAUGAUGUUAUCAACCGGCAUUCCAGAACUCACGUGUCUUGAGGACAUCAAGUAUAUCAGGGAUACCCUUGCUCUUACCAUGGACGAAGAGAAUGCCCUGAAGCAUUUCCGAGCAAAGUUUGAUGAGGCGUUGCGAAACAGUUGGAAGACCAGUUUGAACUGGCUCGCCCAUAAUAUGGCACGAGACAAUACGUGAUGAUGUUCCACAGUUAGUGAUAUGGACUUUUGGUUACGAUGCAAUCGGGGACCAUUGAUGACCUAAGAGAUAUUCUUAUUCUUAUAUAUAUCUUAUGUUUUUGCCCACUAGUUCAUUCAUGUGAACUGUACAGUAUAGCGGGACCUCUCUAUCUAGGGCAAACUUUGGACGGAGAGUUGUUGUCCAGAGGUCAAAUACCAAUUUGCGACCAAAAUUUGUGUCCUUAGUAGAGAGAGUGUCCUACCUAUAAAGGUGUUGCUAAUAGAGGUUCCACUGUACUAUCUUUGGGCAGACUUCAGUGCCACCAAAUGUAUUUAUCAAUCUGGUGUAUUUUUGCACAGACGUUUUGUAAAUAUCUUUAUAUUUAUGUAUUUGGUCUACACCUCCAUAAAAAUUCCUAUUUUGAGGUGUCAGUUGGUGCAAAUGUAACACAUACUUACUGUUUUUCUUACCAUAUCUCGCCAAAGGCACUUGGUCGAACCCGGGUAGGGGACCAGAUCACAUUUACCAAUGGACAGUGGUUUUGCACAACACUACAUGUAGAUUAGCCUUUAAGGGUAGGCCUAACCAAUGCUGUCGGCUAAAGCCGGUCAACCAUGACACAGGCUGUCCAGGGCGGUGUAACAUCACUAUUUGUGAUCACACCAUAACAAUUUAGUGACAGAAGGUCAGCCAAGUACCUUUGGCUAGAUCUGCAGUAUCUGAAAAACACUAUACUGGUGUUGCAUUGUGAAGUUCACCGGUUCACGUUAUUAUUGCAGACACUGUUUAAGAUUCGAGAUUUAGUUCAGCCAUUUAUUCAGGAUAAUGGGUGUUUCAUAAAAAUAUUAAAACAUUCGUUUUAGCAUGUUUGGUCAGUUGCAACAUUAAUACUAAAUGACCUUCUGAAAAUUUCUUAAAUUUCACUGAUAGUGGCAUGUUUUGUCCUUAUUUGUCAAUCAGUCUUUAAUUUUGGUAUGAAUACAUGUACAUUGAUGGGCAAAAUUGAAUAUACUAUCAAGAUUUUGGUAAACCAACCAAUAAUAAACUUUUCAUAUUCAUAUUACAA